AUGUCGAAGAUUCCGGUUAUAACCAUCGUGGUGGCCUUAAUCUCAGUACUAGCUUUCCCAGUCCACAGCCAGCAACCGCCGCUAAGCCAAUGUACUCCGACGAUGAUGACCACCGUUGGUCCUUGCAUGAGCUUCUUAACCAACAGCACAAGCAAUGGAACUACACCGUCGUCUGAUUGUUGUAACUCGCUGAGGUCUUUGACUACCGGAGGAAUGGGAUGUCUCUGUCUUAUUGUCACCGGAGCUGUUCCUUUCAAUAUUCCGGUUAACCGCACAACCGCCGUUUCUCUUCCACGUGCUUGUAACAUGCCUACAGUCCCUCUCCAGUGCAAAGCCAACAUUUCUCCAGCUGCUGCUCCUGGACCUGCUUCUACAUUUGGACCCGCGAUGUCUCCUGGUCCAGCAACGACUCCAAUUGCUCCAGAGCCAACUCCGGCAGCUCUGACACCUCAGUCCGAUGCAACUCAACCUUCUACACCAACCGUGGACGGUGCAGCUCCUACGGCUGACGGAGGAGUAAGCACCAGUCGUCCUUCUCAAACUCCUUCAUCCGCCUACGCUCUAUCACCAUCUCUUCUCUUCUUCGGCAUCAUCCUCGUUGCUCUCAAAUUCUACUAA